AUGGAUUUCGAGGAAGUUCGGCAGAAGGUGCAAUCGUUGCUUCCAGCCGAGCAAGGAUUCGAGGUUUACCCCUUCAGAAUUGGCGCCUACAAUGCUUCGGUCACCAAAGAGUUUUACUUGUCCUACGAUUCCGGAUUCACUCGGACUUCUUGUGCUCUCGACUCCGAACAUAAUCCAAUCGCCGAUUUCCUUAACCAUCGAUUGAAAACCGUUGAAGAUCAAUUGAAUGGACAAAGCUAUGAAGUCUUUCACGAUCAUUCCAUGUGGCCAAAUAGACGUCCAAAAAUCGUGAUGUGCACGUGUGGACACGUGGCUGGAGCCGCUUACUAUUAUCAGCCAAAGACUUUUGCGUCGGAAAUUUGGCCAUCAGCGCAGGAAAUGGCACCGAAUUGCAAAUUCAUCGGUCUCUCACUUCAUCCAAUCUAUGGAGGCCACUUUGCUUUUCGAUUUGCGAUUCUUUUCAAGGAAAUUAAGGUUCCAAAUGAUUUUGUUGAGCCAAAACCGCAAAUGAUUACACUGACGGACGAGGAAGCUCGUGAAGCUCUGGAUUUGUUCAAUUAUCACUGGAUGGAUUCACGAUUCCGAGAUGUCGGUUCACCUGAAAAACGCUAUUCCAAGUUGCAGAUGAACUAUUUUUGGGACGCCACCAGC